UAGAAAUUAAAACAAAUCAAUAUCAAAAUAUUAAAACGACCUAAAAUUGAAUCCAUUGAUUUCAUUUUUGAUAAAAACCAUAGUCUUAUUUUAUUUUUUCGUUCCUGGCCUCUCCGAUCUGCAAAGUCUGCGACUGUGCCUAGUGUUGUCGCUGCAAGAGGGGGAGGCCCAUAUUCGGAAGAUUAUACUUCAGAGGAUCUAUUUUUUUUUUCUACUUGUAAGGUAGAUUUUUGGAACAUGAAAAGCACCGAGAAAAUUGCCAAUUUGGCUUUAGCAGGUUUAACCUUUGCACCUCUUGUAAUUAAAGUAGAACCAAAUGUAAAUGUUAUCUUGACUGCUUGCCUCACUGUGUUUGUGGGAUGUUAUCGUUCCGUCAAACCAACUCCGCCUUCUGAAACAAUGUCUAAUGAACAUGCCAUGCGUUUUCCCUUUGUUGGGAGUGCAAUGUUGCUAUCACUUUUCUUACUCUUCAAAUUUCUAUCAAAGGACUUGGUGAAUGCUGUAUUGACAGCCUACUUCAUUUUACUUGGGAUUAUUGCGCUUUCGGCGACGGUAUUACCACUUAUCAAACGGUAUUUACCAAAGCACUGGAACGAGGACAUCAUUGUCUGGCGCUUCCCAUAUUUCCGUUCUUUGGAGAUUGAGUUUACAAAGUCACAGAUAAUUGCUGCAAUCCCUGGAACCUUUUUCUGUGCUUGGUAUGCUAGGCAGAAGCAUUGGCUGGCAAAUAAUAUAUUGGGGCUUUCUUUUUGUAUUCAGGGAAUUGAAAUGCUUUCUCUUGGAUCUUUCAAGACUGGUGCUAUUCUCUUGACUGGACUAUUUGUAUAUGACAUUUUCUGGGUUUUCUUCACUCCAGUGAUGGUUAGCGUUGCUAAAUCAUUUGAUGCUCCAAUAAAGCUUUUGUUCCCCACAGCAGAUUCUGCCCGGCCAUUUUCAAUGCUUGGCCUUGGUGACAUUGUCAUCCCUGGUAUCUUCAUAGCAUUGGCUUUGCGGUUUGAUGUGUCUAGAGGAAAACAGCCUCAGUAUUUCAAAAGCUCAUUUUUAGGAUAUACUGUUGGCUUGGUGCUUACAAUUUUUGUGAUGAAUUGGUUUCAAGCUGCUCAGCCUGCUCUUUUAUACAUUGUACCUGCUGUAAUUGGAUCUUUGGCUGUUCAUUGCUUAUGGAAUGCUGAUGUUAAACAGUUAUUGGAGUUUGACGAGUCGAAGAUAGCCAACUCAUCUCAAGAAGAGAGUGAUCCCAAAUCUAGCAAAAAGGUGGAAUAAACUUGCAUAACCUAACUCUUUGGAGUUGAAAUAUUGGAGUUGAAGAAGAAAUAGUCAUUUUCUGGGAGCCCCAUUUACCUGUAAUGCUAGCUUAUUCAGCAGCAUAUAUUUGUAAAAGAUUUGUGAUUGAGAAAUAUAUCACUAAUCCCAUUUUUCAGCUCAAGCAUUUUUCUAUCACUUAACCGAUUUUCUUUUA